GGUAGGGUUAAGGCUAUCUGAAAUCACUUCCCGAAACGGACGCCAACGUGCACCUCGAAAUGCAAGUAAGUAAGCGCAAAGGCCACACCAUCAUGUUGUAACGAGGCGAUAGAUUUGAAGGACUCGACUUGGAGGAAAGAGGAAGCUCUGACCUCCUGCUACAGUAGUCAGAAUCGACAACAGCCAAAACAACUACUAUCAUAGAAGAGCGCAGGAAAGUUGUGAUCGACGCCUUGGGCGGAAACGAGAUCUGGCAUUGGCAAUGCGCACGGGAAAGUGUACAAAGUCGCGCAUUCGAUUGGGGAGGUGGCAGUCCCAUUUGGGUCUCUUGUUGAUCCUUGCUAUGGUUUCCGUUAGUCGUGUGGUUGGAGUGGCCUCUGCGGAACAAACCAAUGCUGCAGCAAAAAACAGCACCACAGCGAACAUCUCCAGGAAGAGAAUUCGAGGAGCUCGCACUGGGGCCGUCAUCAAUCCGCAAAAGCAACUCGAGGGCAUGCCCAGUGGACAAAACCAUACACAGGGCACAACUCAACCACCUCCAACAAACAUGAACACUAGAGGUUCCACUGGUACCCAUGAAGGUUCCAGCAUUUCGUCUAGACAGUCACACCAAACACACAAACAGAGACUACGGCGCUUUCUUCUCAGAAACGGGGGACACAAGGAAAACGUGGAAAGCCCCAAGGCCAAAAACAUUUUUGCACGGGAAGAAACGGAAGUGAAACCACUCACUGCCAACCAUUGGGAAGCAAAUAACAAUGCUGGUGCAGCAGUAGGAGGCCGCAAUGCGACCAACACCACCAUCGUGGGGGGCAACACAACCAACGAAGAAAUCGCACGAAAGAAGGGCGGGGUUGUUCCAACUGAGCAAGCAGCGGGUGGUGUAGCAGUUUCUGGAGCUCUUGGGACAGUAAUUGGUGCUGGUGGAUUGGCAGGCAUUCUGUGCAUUGCUGGGGUCAUCUGUGAACUUCCAGAGGAUGAAAUCCAGACUGUGACUGCUGGAACCUUUGUUGUAGAAGGUCUAACAAGGCCGCCAGAGGAAGCUGAGACAGCUGAGCUCUUUGAACAACUACGUCAGUUUUGGGAAUUACAGGUUGCCCGCUCCUUUGGAGGUGUCGCUAGGCAAGAAGAAAUUGAAACACAAGCCAUUAGAUUUGUUGGUUUGAGUGUCAAUGUGACAAAUUCCACUGUUGUUCAAGUAACAGCUGCACCAUCCACAGAGGGUUUUCUUGGAGAAGCAAAUAAUGCCCCUACUUGUACCAGUGAAGAUGAUCAUGAAGAGACAGCAAUGUUUAACAGAAGACGACGUGGUCGGUUUCUGCAGCAAGUGGACAACCAGCUGGUUGACUUGGCCAUCCAACGCGCAAACUACACCACAUUUGUGGCAGAUUAUGUGUCAAAUCUGCCCACAACAAAUGUGUUCAGAGCUUCCAAUAUCUCAGCACCAGCCAUCACAGCCAUUACCACUACAACUCCAGUACCAUCUACUACUCCAUCAUUUGUACCUUCCAAAAAUCCUUCUUCGGUACCAUCAGAGACACCAAGCUCCAUGCCAAGUGCCUCCCCGAGCAUGGGCCCCAGCACCAGCCCCUCUGGCAGUCCAAGCACCAUGCCAAGCGUCAGUGCCAGCCCCAGCUAUAGCCCAAGCUCCUCGCCCAGCUCGGUCGCCAUCCCAAGUGCUUCCCCACGCCCAAGCCCCAGUUCCAGCGACAGCCCCUCUGGUAGUCCAAGCGUCAUGCCAAGCGUCAUGCCAAGCCAUGGCCCAAGUUCCUCGCCCAGUUCAAUCCCCAGCUCAAUCUUUUCUGUUGAGCCAAGUGACGCCCCCAGUUUGAACAGUACAAGUCCUUCUCCAACCACCACUGCUGGACCCACCAAUUCUCCAAGUUUGAACACGAACAGUUCAACCCCCAGUGCUCAGCCCAGUCCUUCUCCCAGCAUAUCAGCACAACCAACUGCGUUUUUGCCAUUCUUUGAAAACAGUGGAGAAAUGGCCAUUACUAUUACGGGUACCCAAGCUGAACCUACAGAAAGUGAAAUUUUGUUAGCAGUGGUUCAACUUCGAUCGUUCCUUUCCAGUGUUCUAAGUGCCGACUUUUCAGAAACUUUCCUCGCGUUUACUCUGGAUGUCACUGGUACCACAAAUGUUCCCUCGGGAGAAACUGAUCUCAUAUCCACUAUAGCAAUUGAAACCGUGGCUCUCUUUUCGGAUACUACCGAAGCUACUUCCCGAGCUGCCGUGGAUGCUUCAUUCAGUGAUGCGGACACUGAAGCGUUUCUUGACGACUUCCUUGUACCCAACAGUCCCACAACAAGCCCAUAUUCUCAAGCCACGGCAGCGAUCUACACAGUUACCACAACUGAUGCACCAUCCCCCGCACCCUCCAAUGACAAUACCGUGCCUAGUAUUGUACCUUCUUCCGCCUCCAGUUCAAUUCCUAGUUCCAAUCCAAGCUCAUAUCCAAGUACCUUCCCUAGUGUUGUACCUUCUUCUGCCUCCAGUUCAACUCCUAGUUCCAAUCCAAGCUCUUUCCCAAGCACCAAUCCCAGUACUUUGCCCUCUUCUGUCCCCAGUUCCAAUCCAAGCUCCCUCCCAAGCACCAAUCCAAGUACUUUGCCCUCUUCUGUCCCCAGUUCCGAUCCAAGCAAUAUUCCGACCGCACCUCCAACGACUGCACGACCAACUCCUCCUGGAGGCGUCGCCGUUUCUGCCCCACCUGCUGAAGGAGUUGCUUCCAUUGCAUUGUUGCUAUCAGCAACAUCUUCACCAGUAAACUCUUUUAUACAGGCCCAGGAUAGCCAUGAGGAAGAGGUUGUGGAAUCACCCCCUGUUGCAAUUGCGGAAGCCCCAAAGAAAGCUCUUAAAGGCGAAAAAUUCAGCAAUAAGAAGAAGGACACCGAUGAAGGUGUAGCGAAUUCAAGAGCACGUGCAGACAAAGGAAAAUCCUCAAUUUGAAGACGGCACGAGUUGUUAAAAAACAUCUGAAUUGGGCAAUCGUGGGGUCAUGGCUACACGUAUCCAGCAACAACGUGCCUCGUUUGUGGAAUGGCGCUCAUUCUUGGAUUGAUGGGAGUGCGCAACUCAAGAGAUUCUCUAUCACAUGGCCUAUGGGUUGACGACAUUCCCUUCCCUGCAGGUGUCGGAGUUCACUGCCGCAAAGUUGUCCGGGUCACGGUUUCGGCCGAGUUGCUCGCUCUCACUCCCGAACGUACGAAGUGGUACGACUGUACUGUCGAAAUCGUGCCGGCCCCUGAACUCGAUCAAGAGAUGAUCAACAUCCCCGACAAUGACCAUGUUGGCUGAUUGUAGACUGCACCUGAGUUUCUUUAGUUAAAUACGUCUCAGAAUGGCUGCGCUCGCUGUUCCAUCACCUUCGGACGCCUAGUAUACCGGUUCUCUAUACUACCUUUCAUAAACAGGAGGACAACGUCGCCUAUUACCGGUAGAGCGACCAGUCCCAGUAACUAUGGCAAUGCCUCGGGUUCGACUCGGUACCUCAUCAUCGGUGUUCGUUCUGCUGGCGUGGCUGUCGAUGCCAUGCAUGUACUCCGUGAUCUUCUCAUGGAAGUGCUUUGCGUUCCGGCACCAUAGAUCCGAAAUCCAUUCAGGGCAAAGAUGCUUUGCAAGCAAAUAUCAAGUGAUAGUGUCUAUAACAAGGGUUACAGAUCGUGCCACGGUUCUAGCUAAUGUAUCACCUGUGUUGUUUGCGUACGGUAUGUCAAAGCCAUCAUACUAAUACUCAAGAGGUAGAAGUUAUCAUUGGUCACCAAUAAUGAAGUCAACGGAGAGACUAUUAGCUAGCUAGCCUCAUUUUUGUCCCAUUCUCCAAUUGGUGAACCUUGCUCGGUCGUCAGUUCAUGUGUCAUCACGUUGUCACUUGGCAUUGUCUCGAGAAGGCUCCGUUCAGCGGCGCGAGAACGAUCAAUCAUUGCUACCAGUUCAGUCCACUUCUCCAUUCUGCGGCGUAAUGGACGACCGCGUGGGUUGUCAAGAUCGGAGAGCAGUCGACGGUAGCUCAUUGAUGGAGGAGGCUGCUGAUGGAGGUGCGCGAUUCUAGAAGGACGAGUGACUGUCACUCAGUCAGCUGAAUCUGGCCCGAUGGUUGCACUCGCCAUUACGGUACCGGUACGGUACCGUACUGUUACUACAACCUUCCCUGCUCUAACAGCCCGUACUUCAACGCAAACGCUGUUCCUCUUCGGACGGUUCAUCAUUACAAGCGCACAAGCGCCACAAGCCACAAAGCUCCCAGCCGUUGCAACAAGAACUAUUCGGCAAACCAGAGGGUUCAGGUUUUUGCAUUCCCAACUGACAGCCAGUCCCGCCUCUGAUGCUUUCUCGAGCUCUUUUUUGCUCGACUCGAGACUGGAGACAUGGCGCACCUCUCUUGUCUUUUCUCAUCGAUCUCUUUGCAGGACGACGAAAAC